GAUUACCCCUCCUGAUCGAUUGGAUCAGCUGGAGUUAAGAUAUCUUUCUCGUAUGAAGAGGGACAGAUGCAGAAUCAAUUAACAAAUAGGCAAUAGGAUUUCGAUCGUUCCAUUCGUAAUUCUUUGCUGUGUUGCCUGGCAGUCAAGCCGCUUUUAACUCCUGAUAUCCGUGCUGACUACGCAACCUUCCGCUCAGCCCUGGCGCCGCAGCAGCAUCAUCAAUCAUCACAAGAAAACCCCUACAUGACCCCUCCAAUUUCCCCCCCUAUCUCUCUUCCACCUUGACCGCUCGUCCCAGAUCGUAUACACUUCCACCUGAACCUAUCCUGCCAAAUUCCGCAUUCCAGUUCUUUUCGUCAUGGCGGGUCGUUUCGUUCGCUCAUCAAAGUAUCGCCACGUCUUCGGACGCUCAACAAGAAAGGAACAAUGUUAUGACAAUCUUCAUAUUUCCAAAAAUGCCUGGGAUACCAACUUGGUCAAGGCCAAUCCUAAAUACAUAUCUGUCAACUGGGAAACUUCAGGAGGUGGCGCCUUCGCCGUGCUGCCCAUCGAUGAGACGGGCAAAGCACCAGACCGAUUCCCACUCUUCCGUGGUCAUACUGCCGUCGUAUUAGAUACAGACUGGAACCCUUUUAACGACUCUUUGAUCGCAUCUGGUUCGGAUGAUGGCAAGGUCUUCCUUUGGAGAGUACCCGAAAAUUUUACUCUGCACGUCGAUGCCGAAGAAAUUGCUGAUAUCGGCCCUGUUGGGAAAUUGAGUGGUCAUCCAAGGAAGGUUGGACACGUCCUUUUCAAUCCCGCCUCCGAGAACGUCUUGGCAUCCUCGUCCGGUGACUACACCGUGAAAAUCUGGGAUAUCGAAUCCGGAUCAUCGAAACUCACACUAAAACAUGCGGAAGUUAUUCAAUCGCUGUCUUGGAGCGCAAAUGGCUCCAUGUUAGUUACAACGUCGCGGGACAAAAAGCUUCGAUUUUGGGACGUCCGCCAGGAGAGGCCGGCCCACGAAACAGCUGGCCAUUCUGGUGCAAAGAACAGUCGUGCUGUAUGGAUGGGUGAACAUGACCGCGUCGCCACUACUGGGUUUUCGAGAAUGAGCGAUCGCCAGCUAGCCCUGUGGGACAUCCGUGCCCCGCGUGAACCCAUCAAUGGAUUCAAGUCCCUCGACUCCAUCUCAGGCGUUUGCAUGCCAUUUUGGGACGAUGGCACCCAGUGUUUAUAUUUGGCUGGAAAGGGUGAUGGUAAUAUCCGUUACUUCGAGUACGAGAAUGACAAAUUCGAAUAUCUGUCGGAAUAUAAAUCAGCAGAUCCGCAGCGUGGUAUCGCCUUCAUGCCGAAGCGUGGUGUCAACAUGCAUGACAAUGAGGUGGUUAGGGCACUCAAGACGGUUAACGACACUUACAUUGAACCUAUUUCAUUUAUUGUUCCCCGAAGGGCCGAAAUGUUCCAAGGCGACAUUUAUCCACCCACUACUGGCCUCAAACCAGCCAUGUCAGCAGCCGAAUGGUUUGAUGGCAAGGAGGCCCUCCCCCCAAAGAUUGACCUGGGUAGUUUAUAUGGUGGAGAGGGACUUAAAGAAGUUGCUCCACAAGCGGCCCCCACCCCCGCCCAGAAACCCAGCUCUCCUGUUAAAGAAGCCGAACCCGCCCCAAAGGAGCCGGAACCCAGCAAACAUGUUGCUAUUUCCUUCAGGGCCAACCCUCCCCCGUCCGUAAAGGAGCAGGGUUCGUCUAUUGCAGCCAUGGCUUCAAAGUACGCAGAUGGCGAAGAAGAUGACAAUGAAGCCGAUGAUAGCUCGAGUUUUGAAGAGGUCCAAAAGCCAGCAAACAGUCGCCCGCCUGCUAUCAUAUUUUCUCCACCAGAAGCUAGCGAGCCAGCUCCACCGCCGAAAGUAGCGCCGAAGGUAGAAUCCCCUCCAACAACCUCCCCAACUGAGAAGUCUUCUCCAACAACCCGGACCGCAGAUAUUUCCGCUAGCGUGCAGGAUGUAGUCCAGCGUGAGCUAUCAUUGAUAAGAAGCUUGAUUACAGAGCAAGGCCGAACAAUUGCUGCUCAGACGCGGCAGAUUGAGUUUUUGACGAAUGAAAUUGAAGAUCUCAAGGUGAAGUUAGCCUAGCCGAUGACUCUGUUUCUAUCUACGGGAUACCGAGCGUCUCCGCCAAGCCAACUAUAUACCACCUUUGGAAUAUAUACCCUGGAUAGUUCUGAUCUUCCCAACCCCGUCGUGUCCAGGUUUAUCCGUCAAGACGAGAAUUGCCUUUGUUGCGUUCUGUUACGAUAAACGUUGUCUUCCCCCCUGCCAGUUUCGUAUUCCCCUACCUCUUACCUAUGCCUUUUUCAUGAGGUUCAUCAUCGUCUAUUAAAUAACGUUGUUUGUACAGUUGAUUCCUAUUUUCUCCUUUAUUUAGCUUACACUAGCGCUUUGUGUUUCCUUCAGCAGAUAGUUGUCAACGACGGAAGUCGAAUUUCAAGGAUUGACGUGUCCCUACUUACUUGCUAGCCUUUUUAUUUACACAAUGUGUUUUUUUCCCUCCAUUUUCGAAAUUUUUGAGCUGAAAAAUGCUUCUAUACCACCCGUGCGGUUUCUGCGCGAAAGUACUAGAGUUGUGCACCUCAAAAAAACUACCAGACAAUAAUGAAUUUGUGACCCAUUUUAACAAGAGCUUAAACUCCUGAUCUAUUUCUAGUCAAAUUCCAACAGCAGAAAUUCUUACAUGUAUAGAACAUAUCAAUACAAUCACAAUCAUAUAUACAUCGCAUAAUAUAUAGAUAGUGAACACGCAAAAAAAAGAGAGAGAGAUA